CUCUUAUUAGCAGAUACUGGCGCGCAAUGCACCACUUUAUUGAUUUGCCUUGUCACCACCACAACGUACUCCAGGAUCGCACCUUACUAACACACUUUUCGCGUACAAUGUGGAAAAAGAAGUGAACAUCAUCAUGGGCCCCAUAGUUUUUCGAAGUGCAGCCAUCCUGUGCUUCCUCCUAAUAACCAUAUCUCCUAGAAACGCCCAAGAAGCCCAACACAAGGAUAUCAAGCAUCCGGAACUGCCCAAACUUGUUCGAAAUUGGGCUGAAAAAUUGGGCGGCGAAUUAUGGCAUUUCGGGGAACUGGUAACUCGAAAGAAACUCGUCGAAGAGAGCUUCAAAUACACGGAUAUUGUUCAGGAAGAUGGGGUUGCACUCCUCAAAGACAUAAAGGAGAGAAUUAAAAAAAUGAUGGAGCAGAAAGAAGGAGCUGUCAGGAGAAUAAUGGAAGUGGCCGAGAAUGCAGCGACCAAAGGAGACAUCGUGGAUGAUAACUUCAAUUACUACAAUGCUAAAGAACUUCUGAAUUCUGCAACUAAAAAUGAUGAGGAAACCGAAGAUGAGAAAGAAGAUGCGGAGUUUGAUAGUAAUCAGGCGGAAUCCUUGAGAUCGUACGAAUCUUACGAUGUAAAGUAUACGAACGAUGAGAGCGUCAAGUACAGCAGGAUGAUACAGGAGGAUACGGAGGAUUACCAGUUGGAUCAGGAGCAGGAGGAAAAUAAUUCGGAGGAUAUGGAACUACCCAGAAAGGUCAUAACCGAUGAUUACGAACAGGAGCCGAUGGCCAGUUUGAAGCCACCAGAAGAUAGAACUCAUUUACCGCUCUAUCCCAAUCCGCACUUUUACGAUAUCGAGGUAAACACGAACGUCAGCGCCGUUCAUGUUCCAAGCAAUGUUUACGAUCGAUCUCAAGAAGUUAUUAAAGGAAUCAAAUGGUCUGAAGAGUUGGAUCAAACGUUCCGAAAUAAUUAUAAGCAGGAUCCCAGUCUGUCAUGGCAAUACUUCGGUAGUUCGAUGGGCUUCAUGCGUCAAUUUCCAGCCAUAAUUUGGACCCAGGAACCCAUAGAUCUUUUCGACUGUCGCACGAGAAAUUGGUACAUAGAAGCAGCAUCCUCUCCCAAAGAUAUUGUCAUAUUAAUCGAUCGUUCGGGGUCCAUGACUGGGAUGAGGAGAGAAAUAGCCAAGCAUGUCGUGAAUAACAUACUUGAUACGCUGGGGAAUAAUGAUUAUGUGAACAUUUACACAUUUGGCAACACCACUGAACCAUUGGUCGAGUGCUUUGAUGAUCUCUUAGUGCAGGCAAAUCUGGAUAACGUGCGACAUCUGAAAGAAGCAAUGUCUUCUUUUCGCACUGAGCAAAUAGCGAAUUUCACUUUGGCUUUAACUACUGCUUUCACGCUGUUGCAAGAUUACCGCGAUAACAGACCUGGACAAGGUGCUCAGUGCAAUCAAGCCAUCAUGCUGGUCACGGAUGGUGUGUAUGAAAGCUUCAGAGAAAUUUUCGAAGAAUUCAACUGGAGGAAUUUACCGUUCAUGCCAGUCAGGAUGUUCACCUAUCUAAUUGGUCGCGAGGUCUCAGAUGUUCAUGACGUCAAGUGGAUGGCUUGUGCAAAUCAAGGAUAUUAUGUACAUUUAAGCACUUACGCUGAGGUCAGAGAGCAGGUGCUUCAAUACAUACCUGUGAUGGCACGCCCUAUGGUCCUGAACCCAAAUCUCAAACCUAAUCCAACCUGGAGCCCAGUAUACGCAGAUGCUACAGAUCCUAAGCUCACCAAUUACCUCUGGGAAAAACGCGAACGCAAUAAGCAAAGAGACCGCUUCCUUAGUUACAAAAACAAUAAGAAUCGGUCAAUAUUCUUCAGCGACGAGGCUUCCGAUAGAAAAUACGCAUACCAGCAAACCAAGCGCGAAUACGAGUUAUCCGAGGAAAGAAAGUACAGAAUGAUGACGUCCGUCUCGUUGCCGGUGUACGAUAAGAGGCAGAAUGCGAAUAUUUCAGAAAAGAUUCAGAUCAACGAAAAAAUCUGGAUCACUGUGACCAGAGAGACGCGAGUAGCUAAUUUACUUGGAGUUGCAGGAACAGAUGUUCCAAUAGAAUACAUCAAGAGACUGUUAUUACCGUACAGGCUGGGAGUGAAUGGCUAUGCCUUUAUAGUUACAAACAAUGGAUACAUUUUAAUACAUCCAGACUUAAGACCAGUGUUUCAAGGCAUUCUGAAGCCGGCGUAUAAUCGUGUAGAUAUGAUCGAAGUAGAACUGCAGAACGACGAUUCGGAGCCUCGCAAAUUCAGUGAUGAACUGAAGGAUUUCAGAAGAGCCGUCGUUAAUCAAACCAGUGGUCAAAAAGUCUUCAUGGUCAAAACCCACAUCGACCAAAUGAAACGGAUAAUGUUUGGAAAACGCUUUUACUAUUUCAUGGGCAUUCCUGAUACACCAUUUACAGUGGUCGUUGCCUUACCAGAUAGAUAUGGCUCCUACCGUAUCCAGUAUCCCGUCGAAGACGAUCCGCACAGGAUUCGUUCGAAUAACAAAAACCUGACGCAUUUCUUCACUGGAAAUUGGACCAUCCAUCCGGAUUGGCAUUAUUGUCGUUACUUGGAUGAUAGGCAUAACUUUAGAUCACCCGAAGAGGAAUUGCUGCAUUUCCUUCAUAAAAUGGAAGAACCCGGUUGGAGAUGGUCGCCCGAAUGUGACCGAAAAUUAAUUUGUAAAGUUGUCGCUGAUGCAAAGAGCACGGAUUGGUACAAUAAAAACAUCAGUGCCAGUAACAACGAAAAGAACGGACCAAUAGCUAUGUUAAUGGCUUUACUACCAAGACACGAAUUCAUAAAAAUGUUUGGAAUUACGGUGGCCUUCCUAGCUACACAUAGCGGUCUCACCAGAUGGCAAGACUUUCCACAAAAUGUAGAUGAUCAAAGAAGGAGAAACGAACAGCAUUUCCAUUUAGUUCAUAAUAAAGCAAUUGAUGAAGUUUGGUAUAGAAGAGCUGUUGAACAGUAUUACAUUCAGCCAAGAAGUUUCGUGUAUUCAGUACCAUUCGGAGCAGAAUAUGAGGAUAAUCCGGAGGAUAUAUUGGUAACUGCUAGUCAUGCUAUAUUCAAAGGAAACAAAACAGUGAAAGCACCAGCUGCUGUUGUCGGAUUCCAAUUUUAUCAUAGCACGCUUCACACGCUAUUUCAAAAGAUAACAAAUUCCUGCGGCGAGAUUAAUUGCAAAAGGACGUGCAGUUCUGAAGAACUCGAUUGCUUGGUCUUAGAUGACAGUGGCUACAUUAUCGUCAGCUAUGACAAAAAAAACACCGGCGUAUUCCUGGGGGAUAUUCGCAGAGACAUAAUGGAGCUUUUAGUAGAGGAACGUAUUUAUACCAGGACUAGGAUUUACGAUUACCAAGCUACCUGCUUCCCCAAUAUUCCCACCGGAAGUCCAGCGACUAGGUUCAGAAAUCCACUGUUUCAUUUAAACGAGUUAGUGCAGUGGGCUUUGGCUACUUUAUUCUAUUUGUUGAAAUCGACGAUGGCUUCGGACGACGGUUUAUUAGGUCCGGUUGUGGAUGACGAAGAAAUGGUGGAAGGGUCUGGUUCGGAACCACCAUCAAGGGCCUUCGAGAAAGAUUUUGAUCAAAGGCUUCUUAUUAAUAAGACGCAGCCGGAGCCAUGCGACAAGGAAAUGUUCCUGUAUUCACUGCUCCAUUACAAUGAACGCAAUAUUUCUAGUAGCGGAUAUAACAAGUCCAUGACGGGGAAUUGCUCGAGGCCGUUCUUGGUGCAACCCGUGGUCGGAAGCAAUAUGAUCUUGUUGGUUAUAAAUAGGAUAUGUCCGGAAAUGCAGGUCGACGAGGAAUUCUUGUCACCGAAUCCCAUUGAAGUCGAUUACAAUAUGAGCAGGCAGUGUCACAUCGUUCACUACAACAAUUUCACGAGGCGAAAUUACAUGAGCUGCAUCAACAGAAGUAUACAUGAAUCUGCGAUUGAAAUUUGUGGUAAAGGGGUUAAAACCGCAGCGACUUUCUCAAUUUUCUUAGCAUCCUUCAUAUCGAUAGCCAUCUCCAGUGUUUUCAACUUUUAGUUAAGAUUCUUUUAGAAAUUUUGCGUCUGUGAUAAUAAUUAUAUAUAAUAUUUAUUAUAUUUAAAAGAGGAGAAGAAGAGAAGAUACAUUAUCAGAUAUUUAAGCAGCGUUACUUUUUUCAUCAGUAAACAUUUCCAUAUUGUGUAUUUGUAUGUUAGAGCCCUUUGUAUUGAAAUUU